AUGGACCCCUCAGAUGCGGAGACCAACUCCCAGUUCGCUCACCCGGUCCUUGAGUCAGGGGUUGAUCGGGCGGUAGGAUCGACCGACCCGCUUCAAACGGCCCCCCAGACGAUUACUCUGGCUGUUGAGCCCCUCGACAAUUCCUCAGCGCAAGACUCGGUGCCCUCCGACCAGCCCUCCGAAACUGCACCCGAACCGCAUCCUCGGGCACCAACGCCACCCCCCACCGCGCAGCCCAUGCAGCCCAUGCAGCCCACGGAGGAGAUUGAACAUGCCUACUGGGCAGACUUCCAAGAGGACACAACAAUUCCAGAUGCAGAGGAGCUGAAGGAGAUUGAAGGUGCCGAAACUGAUUAUAGUGCCUGUGACUACCCUUACUGGGAGAACAACUUCUUUCGAGACCUCGAUGACCCUGAAUAUGUCCCUCGGGAGAAAGCUCGCCUUACCUGGAAGAUCAAGGGGGUUCGAGGUACGCCCGAGGCACCUAAUCGGGAUAAGAUUAUGCGCUCUCCAGCUGCCUACAUUGGUGGAUACUGGUGGCGAAUCAAAUUCUACCCCAGGGGAAAUAACGUUGGCUCUCUGAGUAUCUAUAUCGAAUGCUCAGAGACGAUGCCUGCUCCAGAUGAUCGCCUGCCCGAAACAGAGUUCACUGUCCGCCGAGGCACAUCGGAUGUAGCCCUCAACGACAGUAUUCCCGAUGUCGAUAUUCGCACUCCAGCUACUAGUGAUACUGAGGCCUGGUUAGACUCCUACAAGUCACAGUACCAAGCCGCUUCAUCUGCUCCCAGGGCCACCGAAAAUAAUCCUAAUCCUUGGCGGGUCUCGGCGCAGAUUGGCGUCAUUGUGUACAACCCGGAAGAGCCCCGGACGGGCUGGAUGCAGUCCUCUUGCCAUCAGUUUAACCCUCACAACUUGGACUGGGGCUGGACAUACUUCCACGGUCCCUGGGAUCAGAUUCACACACGCCGACGAGGUCAACAUCGGGCCCUGUUGAAUCAUGACACGCUCGCCUUCGAUGCGUACAUUCGUGUGAUCGACGACCCAACCAAGUCCCUCUGGUGGCAUCCGAGCGAUUCGGAACCGACUUGGGACAGCCUGGCAUUGACAGGGUACCGUCCUAUUGGUGAUUCCGUCAUCAAUCACAGUGCUGAGGUGGCCGGCUUGGCCUCGUGGCUGCACAUCGCUCCCUUCUGCAAGAUCAUUCAAAGCGUGGACGUCCUUGAGCACUUGACCAAUUGCGAGGUUAAGCCCAAGCCUCUGUGUGACGCGCUGCAGAAGCUCCUGUGGCAAUUGCGCCGUAAAACUCAGUCACUCCAUUACGUCGACACUGAUGGUAUCACCUCUACCUUGCGCAACAUGCGUGAAUUCUCGUGUGAUGUUUCCGAAUUCUGGGAGCGACUCCGACGAACUCUCGAGCUUGAACUUGCUGGGACAGAAGCGGGCAAGGAGUUUGCGAAACUAUUUGACAGCCCAACCCCAGCCCUCCUGCUGGGUGGGGGUAAUGCUACCAGUACUGUGAAUACCCUGCCCACAGAUUUCAACUCUCGCAUUUGCGUUCGAGCCGACGAGGUCACUUCAACAAGUGACGCGAUGAAGGGAUACCUGGAUACAAAGCCAGGGCGGUGGUCUCUCCCGCCCAUUCUUCAUAUUGAACUUGGCCGUCACACCCUCGACAAGGCGAUGCGUUGGCAAUUGCUGUUCAAUAAGGUGGAACUCGACGAGGAGUUGGAUUUGGCUCAGUAUGUAGCCGACUCAGCAGGGGCCAAAUAUGUCUUGUACGGAUAUGUGGUUCACCGCGGCCGGCGCACCUCUGGCAAAUUUUUCAGCAUUCUUCGUCCUGCAGGACCAGGCACGAAAUGGCUGGCGUUCGACGAUGGUAGUGAUAACCGUGUUGAAUGCUUAACACAGAAGACAGCCAUGGGUCCCCAUCUCGGUAUCGACCCGUCCCAGACGGUUGAUCAUAAGAAAGGACACGAUGUUCCAGUUGUGGUCAUGUAUGUCCGGAGUGACAUGGUCUCGGAGAUUUUGCCCGGACCUCAAGGUCCUUGGGAGGUUCCUGAAGACCUGGAAAAGUACUAUGAGGCCGGGGUAUAUCAGCCAGCCCAACGACCUGCGUCCGAUGAAAAUUCGAGGAAGGAAGAAGUACAGGUCGAGAUCUAUUCGAUGUCUGGUUAUGACCAAUUGGACAGUCUAUUCGACACUUACGAUCUCAUGUCACACGCUAAGACGGCAAACAGUGUCAUGUACAUGACACUGCCCCGCUCAUCCCGCAUCGCCGAGCUACGCAAGAAGGUCGCUCUAUCGAAAUUGGCUGGCGAAGAAAACAUCGGGGCUGAGCGCGUGCGCCUGUGGCACAUUGGACAUACGCGUGCUCAAUGUGGUCCCACCUUGGCCUUUGACCUUAUAACUGAUCUCAAUGUCCCACUUGGCUCAUCGGGGGGCAUUAUGCGUUUCUGGAUGGAGACCAUCUCAGAGGAAGAUGCCAAGUUUUUCGCCAUUCCAGAUCCGCCCUCUGUGGCCGCCAGUGAGGACAAGCCGGAAGACUCCAUUGUGGAGCGACCAGAUUCAACAACUAGUGAGCUGACUUCGCCAGUCGCUGAUGGAGAUGCUGUUGCUAGCUCAUCUUUAGGCGUUGUGCAAGACCCCUCCGCUAGCCGUACCGACUCGGGAGAUAGUACUCUUAAUAGUGAGCCGUCCGUGGCAACUCUCUACUCAGUCGGCCAAGACUCAACCGAAACCAAUCCCGCUUUGGUAUCAGUUGCAGCCCAGGAUAGUCAAGCUACAAACGGUGCUGUUUCUAGCUUCACAGAAACAUCGCCUAUGGAGCAGGAGACAGUUGCGUCUACCUCUCGCCGGGAGUCGUCGAUACCUGAACCAACCCCUGCCGAACCCGGAGAGCCUGAGAUCACUUUGCCUGUCGGUCAUACGUAUUUCUUUAUCCAGGUUUUCGAUGCAGACAAGCAGGUGCUUCGCACAGUGGGAUCAUUCUUCUCCAAACUCGAAACCAAUGUCAAGGCAUCCAUCAGAAAGCACCUCCAAUGGCCCAUUCGACGAGAUUUCCUUAUGUGGAAGCGAGUUGAUGGAACCACUGUAACUACAAUAUCGCCCGCGGAGAGCUUCAUGGACGUGGUCGUGCCGCACGGAACCUGCGUCAUCGUCGGAGAUAAACUGAGAAAUGACAAGCGCACCGAGCUGGGGGUCUCUGGUUUGUUCUCCAGUCCCGAUCGUCUCGUUCAGUACUUGUGGGCCAAGUCUCGAAACCAUCCUAUUCAGGGUUUUACUGGCACCAAGACCGUUGAAGCCACCUUCACCAGUGACUACUAUAGCGGUGACUUCCUGAAUGGUUACUACCAUGGCCGAGGCAAGCAUGUCUCUGGAACUGGUACCGUCUAUGAGGGUGACUUUGUCUUUGGAAGACGCCAUGGUCAAGGCAGGAUGGAAUACCCGACUGGUGACACAUACGAAGGUGAUUGGACCGAGGACGUGCGUCACGGACAAGGCACCUACGUCGAAAAGAAGACUGGAAAUAAGUACGUUGGUGGCUACAAGGACGGCAAGAGACAUGGCAAGGGUAUUAGCUACUGGGAAGUGGCUGAUGAGGAGGCGGAUCUGUGCCAGAUCUGUUACUCGGAAGAACAGAAUGCAGUCUUCUGCGAUUGCGGGCAUGUCUGUUCGUGUGUCACCUGCGCUAAGCAAGUGGAUCUCUGCCCGAUUUGCCGCAAGACGAUCAAGAGUGUGAUCAAGAUCUUCAGGACAUAA